CGUGAACGACUCAUGAGUAGACCCUUGUGUUUCGUUGCCUUGGUCAAUGCUGGGUGAGUGAUUAAUAAUGGCGGAGGAAACCAUCGUUAUUAAAGUCAUCUGCGAUCACCUCGGAUGUGUGGAGUACGAUGAGCUUCUGCAGAUGGCAGAAGUGGAAGAUUUGGAAAAUGUUAUCAAGAACAGCGACGUUUUCACUGUUAUACAACCAAGAAACCAUCAAAACAAGAGCAAAAAAAUCCUAGUCACUACUAAUAUCAGGCGCUGCAGAGCAAGAGAGUGUCAGGAGAGCUGUGCUGAUCUGCAUCUUUGUAAAUUUUACCUUGUGGGACAAUGCAACGCACAAAGGUGUAAAUACGGCCACAGUCUGGAGACGGAGCACAAUUCCAGAGUUCUACGUAAGCACAGCUUACAUGAUUUGAGCAAAGAUCAACUGCGUGUGCUGUUGCUACUGAACGACAGCUCCCUGUUGCCCAACGUCUGUGUCUCAUACAACAAAGGCAGUGGUGAGUUUGGGAACUGUCCGGAUAAGGAGGCCUGUGAUCGGCUCCACGUCUGUGAGAAGUACAUCAGAGGACUGUGUGACGGCAGCGUUGAGUGCAACAGAUGUCAUGAUUUCUUCGAGCCUCAUCCAACAAAAGCAUUCCAGGCCAAAGGAGUAGCCAGUCAUCUGAUAAAAUCUCUUUUGCUGAUCUAUCGCAGUAUUCUGACACUAAAGGACCACAGGUAUGCUCGGGAUAAACCUGCUGUCAGAAGCAAGGAGAACCCUCAAUCCAGCAACAGAGCCGGUGUAUACCAGUCCUUACAGAGCAACGCAGUGAAUGAGAUUUGCCUGUCGUUUAUCAGAGGAAGCUGCAAAUAUGGAGAUAAAUGCUGGAGAGUCCAUUUUGGCGUUCCCUAUAAGUGGGAGGUGGAGGUAGAUGAGGUUUGGAUGGACUUACCUGACAAUGAAGUGAUAGAAAGAGACUACUGCGAUCCAGCCAAGAUCCACAGUGUGGGCAGUGAGCCUGUGUGUUUUGACACAAUGAUGCACGGGCUUCACAGGGUGCGGCGUCUCUCUACAGUGUCUUCAGUGAUUGAACCCAGCUUCAGCCACACUACAAAGUGGGUCUGGUACUGGGAGAAUGAAUAUAAUAAGUGGAUCCCGUAUGGAUCAAUUAAGGAGAUGCAUAGGCUGUCCUGCAUCAACAGUGAGGCUCUAGAGAAAAAAUACCUCCAGUUCCUGGAGAACAACAGCCACGACGUGUUGAAAUUUUCUGCUGGUAAACAGUUUUAUGAGCUGAAUUUCAGAGAUAUGAAGCAGAGGAACGAAAUGAGUCACACAGAGCGAACAGUUAGACGCCGGCCGUCGUUUGUUUCUCUCUUCGACGUCCGGACUGCUAGAACCAGAAGAGGUCCAAACACCUACACUCAUACAGGUGUCCCAGGUUUUUGGGAUAAAACUGCAAUUCCUGAAUCUGGAUUUCAGCGAGUCUUACUUGACGCGUCUCACAAGGACUACGUCAGGGUACAGGAACAUUUCAAAAAGACUAUGAAGGACUUUAGCAUCCUGCGCAUCGAACGAGUCCAGAACAAGGAAUUGUGGGUGGAUUUUCAGACGAAAAGAGAGCGAAUGAAAAAAGCAAACAGCCACAAGAAAUACGCCGAGGGAGAGCGAUUGUUGUUCCAUGGCACCAACGCCAACAGUGUUGACGCUAUAUGUCUCCAGAACUUCGACAUGAGGGUAUCUGGAGCCAAUGGAACAGUGUACGGGCAAGGAAGUUACUUUGCCAGGGAUGCAAAGUAUUCCAAUGAUUACGCAGAUCGUUACGGUGAAAGAUCCAUGUUCGCAUGCAGAGUGUUGGUUGGACAGUACACGAAAGGAGCAUCCCAUUACCGCAGGCCUCCAGCCAAAGAUACAGCAGGAAAUCUUUAUGACAGUUGUGUAAAUGACGUACGCGAGCCCACCAUUUAUGUAGUGUUUGACCGGCCCCAGGUUUACCCGGAAUUUCUGAUAACAUAUGAGAAGACCAGGUUUCCUGAAGAGAUCAGCAUUAUUCCGUCUAAUUGCACAGCAAAUGUCAGCACGUGUAAUUCUGUUUUCGAUGAUGUGAGCCAAACAGCGAGUGGGAUUAUCAGCUCACCUCACAAGGUAAACAAUAUCACCUUCGGUUCAACUUGUACAGGAGAGACAUUAGCCGCCGCGAGCAUUCCCAUAACGGGAAACUCUUUUUUUUCUGCUUUGGGUUCGCCAGUGAAACCAGAGAAAGAUGUCUCUUUGGACACUCAGACAGAUGAUACAAAUAGCCUAAAUGUAGCUCAGAAAAGUGGGCUGUGUGUUCGUUCAAAGACGACUCAGGGUUUAACUUCACUCAGCAGGUUGCUAAAAGAGUCAGAUCGGGCCUUAUGUACAUCUGUUAAAAUUCCAGUUUUCUCCGGUUCAGAUCGUCUUCUAAUCGCUGUUGAACCUAGCUUAACAGAUAACAGUAUUCAAUCUGGGAUCGCCAAAAACCCACAAGAGUCUUCGACAGUUUGCGCCUCUGACUUAUCCACUGAAAGAAUGUCUCAGAGAUCACGGCAAGAUUCACAAAAUGCUGCACGUCUCAGAAGCCUAGAGUUCGCUAAAGCAAUGACUGACACUAUGGAUCCAUUUUCACCUUCUUCAGACAAGGCCAGGAUCCCUGAUGCUUCUUCAACCUCCUCCGUCUCCAUCUCAGAGAUGGAGAGCAAAAGCUCAAUGCCAUACAACACCAGUUGCUCUUCAGCUCUUAAUAAGUCUCCCUCUGAUGGUUCCUUGUCAGGAUCCUUAGCUUCCUUUUAUGAAACUCGCUCUUGUGAAAAUACCAGCCAAAGGUUUAAUGCCGUUGAUGAUGUAUUUAACGUGAGCCAACCAGCAGGUGUGAUUAGCACAAGUUCACCUCGAGAGGCAUACAUCACUUCUGCCUCAACUAGUACAGGAGAGGAAUUCCUCACUUCAAAGCCAGCUCAGGGUUCAACAUCGCUGAGCUACACUGGCUUGUCAAGAAAGUCAGGCCAGGAUUUGCUUGCAUCUGUGAAAAUCCCAGUUUCCUCCCAUUCAGAUAAUCAGCUGCUGAUCUCGGGUAAGUCUAGCGUAACGGAUAAAAGUAUACACUGUAAGCUUAGCCCAAACCCAGACUUGGUCACUACACAAAACUCUCAGAGCUCACAGCAAGUUUCACAAACACCUGCAGCCCGUAGCACUAUACCAAGUUCUACAGCCACGCUUCGAAACCUAAGCUCUGAUGCCUCUUCUGCCAGCAGUCAUUCAGAAAAGGAAAGCAAAAUAUCAGUGAAGUACCAAACCAGUUCCUUUUCAGCUGAUAAGCAGUCUCACUCUGAUGGCUCCUUGUCAAGUUCUUCAGUUUCCUUUUAUGAAAUGCAGCCUGUUGCUUUUUCCAGCAAACCAACUCCUCCGAAAGCCCCUAAAGAAGCAGAACAGCAGCAGAAGAACAUCUUACAAGCUCAACGUGCGCGGAAACCUUGUGUGGUGCAGUGAUUUUAAUUUAAUCGUUUACUUUAAAACGUGAUCGGGGUCAUUAUAUCUUAAGCUGUAUUUAAUACUGAGUGAAUAGUUAAACUGUAAUAUUUGAUUGAAGUAAUAAUUUGUUUGUAAACAUACAUUGUCUUCAGGUUACGCAGUUCAUCUUAAUCUGCUAUAAUUGUUGCUCCGUACGUCUUACGAAUGCAAUGUAUUGUAUGAAGAAAUCAACAGCCUCUUAUCUAAGAUCUUCUGAACGGUUGAAGGGUCUGUUCUUGUGUCUGAAGUCUGAAGUUUUAACCAUUAAACAGGCUUUUACGCCUUA